GGGUUCUGCGCCGCCAUGUCGCGGAGGCUGCUGCCCCGGGCGGAGAAGCGGCGUCGGCGGCUGGAGCAGAGGCAGCAGCCGGACGAGCAGCGGAGGCGGUCGGGAGCGAUGGUGAAGAUGGCGGCGGCGGGCGGCGGAGGCGGCGGUGGCCGCUACUACGGCGGCGGCAGUGAGGGCGGCCGAGCCCCUAAGCGGCUCAAGACGGACAACGCUGGCGACCAGCACGGAGGCGGUGGCGGCGGCGGUGGAGGAGCAGGGGCGGCGGGCGGCGGCGGCGGGGAGAACUACGAUGACCCCCACAAAACCCCUGCGUCCCCAGUUGUCCACAUCAGGGGCCUGAUCGACGGGGUGGUGGAAGCUGACCUUGUGGAGGCCUUGCAGGAAUUUGGACCCAUCAGCUAUGUGGUAGUGAUGCCUAAAAAGAGACAGGCGUUGGUGGAGUUUGAAGACGUGCUGGGGGCUUGCAACGCCGUGAACUACGCAGCCGACAACCAAAUCUACAUUGCUGGCCACCCGGCUUUCGUCAAUUACUCUACCAGCCAGAAGAUCUCCCGCCCCGGGGACUCGGACGACUCCCGGAGCGUCAACAGCGUGCUUCUCUUUACCAUCUUGAACCCGAUCUAUUCGAUUACCACGGAUGUUCUUUACACUAUCUGCAACCCUUGUGGCCCUGUCCAGAGAAUUGUUAUUUUCCGGAAGAAUGGCGUCCAGGCCAUGGUGGAAUUUGAUUCUGUGCAGAGUGCCCAGCGGGCCAAGGCCUCACUCAAUGGGGCUGACAUUUACUCAGGCUGUUGCACUCUGAAGAUCGAAUAUGCAAAGCCUACACGCUUGAAUGUGUUCAAGAACGAUCAGGACACUUGGGACUACACAAACCCCAACCUCAGUGGACAAGGUGACCCUAGCAGCAACCCUAACAAACGCCAGAGACAGCCCCCUCUCCUGGGAGAUCACCCCGCAGAAUAUGGUGAGGGCAGGGGGUUCCCCUCCGUGGACUCCCGUGGCUCAUGUGCCCCUGCCCGCCGCCCGCAGCGCAAAUUCUCACCCGUCCUCCCUCUCUUUCCUUCCCACCCCCCAGGAGGGCCCCACGGUGGGUACCACAGCCAUUACCAUGAUGAGGGCUACGGGCCCCCCCCACCUCACUACGAAGGGAGAAGGAUGGGCCCACCCGUGGGGGGUCACCGCCGGGGCCCAAGUCGCUACGGCCCCCAGUAUGGGCACCCCCCACCCCCUCCCCCACCACCCGAGUAUGGCCCCCACGCCGACAGCCCUGUGCUCAUGGUCUAUGGCUUGGACCAGUCUAAGAUGAACUGUGAUCGGGUCUUCAAUGUCUUCUGCUUGUAUGGCAACGUGGAGAAGGUGAAAUUUAUGAAAAGCAAGCCGGGGGCCGCCAUGGUGGAAAUGGCUGAUGGCUAUGCCGUGGACCGGGCCAUCACUCACCUCAACAACAACUUCAUGUUCGGGCAGAAGCUGAACGUCUGUGUCUCCAAGCAGCCAGCCAUCAUGCCCGGGCAGUCGUACGGGCUAGAAGACGGGUCCUGCAGUUACAAAGACUUCAGCGAGUCCCGGAACAACCGGUUCUCUACUCCGGAGCAGGCGGCCAAGAACCGAAUCCAGCACCCGAGCAACGUGCUGCACUUCUUCAAUGCCCCUCUGGAGGUGACCGAGGAGAACUUCUUCGAGAUCUGCGACGAGCUGGGGGUGAAGCGGCCGUCUUCUGUGAAAGUGUUCUCAGGCAAAAGUGAGCGCAGCUCCUCCGGGCUGCUGGAGUGGGAGUCCAAGAGCGAUGCCCUGGAGACGUUGGGCUUCCUGAAUCAUUACCAGAUGAAAAACCCCAAUGGCCCGUACCCUUACACCCUGAAGUUGUGUUUCUCCACCGCUCAGCACGCCUCCUAAUAGGUGCCUAGGAAAAGGCCCAUCUGAGCAGGAAAACGUUUCUCUUUCCUUUAUGCUGUUUGUUUCCUUUUAUGUUUUGUUUUGAGUUUCUUUUUUUGGGUUUUUUUUCCGGCAAAAGUUCUGUAUUCCUUUUUUUUAAAUGCUAGGUUAGUAGGCUUAACCAUAAUGGAAACGCUGGAAGUCUGGAGGGGGAGGGGAAGGGGAACUGAUAGCUCCCAAGAUUAACCUUCACUUUUUAAACAAUUAUUGUACAUGUGAUUUUUUUUUUCCUGUUCAUACAUUUGUGCUGCCUGUGUACUCCUGGCACAUUUCAAUAAAAUUGUUUGGAAAAUAAACAGCGUGCUUCCUGGUG